AUGCCAUGCCGUGCCACCCGUGCCGUGCCCGCCGCGGGGCGAACGCGCGCUCUGCUCUGCUCUCUCACUCUCCCCCAGGCCAGUAGCUUCCAAACCCUCCUGCGGCAGCAGGCCCAGCUGGAGGUCCUGGCUAGAAGGGUCACCUUGCUGGAAGCCAUCAUCUGGCCAGAUUAUAGUACCUAUAGCCAAGCUGCAGCUCAGCAGGGCUACAGCGCGUAUGCACCUCAGCCAGCUCAAGGAUAUGCACAGACCGCCCAGACGUAUGGGCAACAGAGUUACGGAACCUACGGACAACCCACCGACGUCAGCUACACACAGCCCCAGACGACCGCCACGUACGGGCAGACUGCGUACGCAACGUCCUACGGGCAGCCUCCUACCGUAGAAGGGACCGGUACAGGUUAUACCACCCCGACUGCACCCCCAGCGUACAGUCAGCCCGUCCAGGGAUACGGCACAGCCGCCUACGAUACGAACACCGCUACGGUUACCACCACCCAGGCUUCCUACGCAGCACCGUCCGCUUACGGCACCCAGCCCGCCUACCCAGCCUACGGGCAGCAGCCAGCAGCGUCCGCUCCCGCAAGACCCCAGGAUGGCAGCAAACCAGCAGAGACCAGCCAGCCGCAAUCGAGUACGCCAGGCUACAGCCAGCCCAGCCUAGGGUAUGGACAGAGCAACUACAGCUAUCCUCAGGUGCCUGCCAGCUACCCCAUGCAGCCGGUCACCGCGCCUCCCUCCUAUCCUCCUACCAGCUAUUCCUCCACACAGCCAAGCAGUUACGAUCAGAGCACUUACUCCCAGCAGAGCACCUACGGGCAACAGAGCACCUACGGACAACAGACUAGCUACGGCCAGCAAAGCAGCUACGCGCAGCAGCCGCCGCCAACUAGUUACCCACCCCAGACGGGAUCCUACAGCCAGGCCCCGAGCCAGUACAGCCAGCAGAGCAGCAGUUACGGCCAGCAGAGCUCAUUCCGUCAGGACCAUCCUAGCAGCAUGAACGUGUACGGACAGGAAUCCGGAGGCUUUUCAGGCCCGGGAGAGAACCGGAAUAUGAGCGGCCCUGAUAGCCGGGGCAGGGGAAGAGGGGGAUAUGAUCGCGGAGGCAUGAGCAGAGGUGGGCGGGGAGGAGGACGCGGUGGAAUGGGCGCUGGAGAGCGAGGUGGCUUCAAUAAGCCUGGUGGACACAUGGAAGAAGGACCGGACCUCGAUUUAGGCCCACCUAUGGACCCAGACGAGGACUCGGACAACAGUUCGGUUUAUGUGCAGGGACUCAAUGAUAAUGUGACCCUGGAGGAUCUGGCAGACUUCUUCAAACAGUGCGGUGUUGUCAAGAUGAACAAGAGGACUGGGCAGCCUAUGAUAAACCUCUACAUCGACAAAGAAACCGGCAAACCGAAAGGAGAUGCCACGGUAUCUUACGAUGACCCAUCUACUGCCAAAACAGCCGUCGAGUGGUUUGAUGGGAAGGAUUUCCAGGGCAGCAAGCUCAAAGUCAGCCUCGCGCGGAAGAAGGGCCCGAUGAACAGCAUGCGAGGCGGGAUGCCCCCACGUGAGCAGCGGGGAAUGCCUCCCCCUCUCCGCGGAGGUCCAGGGGGACCCGGUGGCCCGGGGGGGCCUGGCGGCCCGAGCGGCCCCAUGGGGCGGAUGGGAGGCAGAGGUGGAGACAGGGGUGGCUUCUCCUCGAGAGGACCACGGGGAUCCAGGGGAAACGCCUCCGGCGGGAGCGUCCAGCACCGAGCCGGCGACUGGCAGUGUCCCAAUCCAGUGUCCGGAGCGGGCUGGCUCUCCCCUCGGAGCGCUCUGAGAGUCUUCUCCUCUCUCCCAGGCGGAGACCGCGGUAGAGGCGGCCCCGGGGGGAUGAGAGGUGGGCGAGGAGGUGGCCUCAUGGACCGUGGGGGACCCGGUGGCAUGUUCAGAGGUGGCCGCGGUGGCGACAGAGGUGGAUUCAGAGGAGGCCGGGGUAUGGAUCGAGGGGGCUACGGAGGAGGCGGCCGGCGAGGAGGAGGCGGAGGCCCCGGGGGCCCCCCGGGACCCCUGAUGGAACAGAUGGGCGGCGGAGGCAGAGGUGGACGGCGCGGAGGACCGGGAAAGAUGGACAAGCACGUACGGAGAGCGGGCCGGCAGCUCGCCAUGGCCGACCCCAGCCACAUCCAGUCAGCCGCCUCCAAGAGCAUCCGCCCCUUCCGCUCCAGCGAGGAGUACCUGGAGGCCAUGAAGGAGGACCUGGCCGAGUGGUUCAACACCCUCUACGACCUGGACAUCCAGGUGGACACCUUCCUGGAGAGCCUGGAGACGGGCUGUCACCUCUGCCGACACGCCAACAACGUCAACCGCAUCGCCCUGGACUUCCAGCAGCGGCACCCCGAGGUGGCCGCCCAUAUGCGCGUCCCUCAGAACGAGGUCGUCUUCCAAGCCAAGAACGUGGUGCCCGGUUCCUUCAUCGCCCGGGAUAACGUCUCCAACUUCAUCCAGUGGUGCCGGCAGGACCUCGGCAUCCAGGACGUCCUCAUGUUCGAGACCAAUGACUUGGUGCUGAAGAAGAACGAGAAGAACUUUGUCCUUUGCUUGUUGGAGGUGGCCAGGAGGGGCUCCAAGUUUGGCAUGCUGGCCCCCAUGCUCAUCCAGAUGGAGGAGGAGAUCGAGGAGGAGAUGAGGGACCAAAUGGCCUACGGUGCACUGGGCACGCGCCAGGAGAGCCGGGACCCCCAGGCGCCCGCCUACCCCAGCAGGGCCCGGCCCAUCGCCCUCUGCGACCUGAAGAACCUGGACGAGCUGGUGCGGGAGAUCCUGGGCUGCUGCUCCUGCCCCUCCCAGUUCCCCCUGGUCAAGGUCUCCGAGGGUAAAUACAAAGUGGGCGACUCCAGCACCCUCAUCUUCGUCCGAGCAGCAGGCAGGGCAGGCAGGGUGACGGGCUGUCCGCAGGUGCUGAGGAGCCACGUGAUGGUGCGCGUCGGCGGAGGCUGGGACACACUGGAACAUUACCUGGACAAGCACGACCCGUGCCGCUGCUCCUCCCUUGUGCCUUCCCUCCCCGCGCCGUCCCCGCACCCCUGGGCCAAGCCCCGGCUGGACACGCAGCCCCACAAGAAGCCCUCCAGGAUCCCCACCCCACGGGGCUACGGGGCAGCCCCCCCGCCCCCCGCGGCAAGCCCCGGCUGGACACGCAGCCCCACAAGAAGCCCUCCAGGAUCCCCACCCCACGGGGCUACGGGGCAGCCCCCCGGCCCCCCGCCGGCAGCCCCAAGCCCGGGGAGCGCAAGCCCUGGGGGGCUCUGCAAAGCGUCCUCUCCUCCUUCCUGGAGCCCACCUGGGUCCUCCAAGCCCCGGCUGGACACGCAGCCCCACAAGAAGCCCUCCAGGAUCCCCACCCCACGGGGCUACGGGGCAGCCCCCCGGCCCCCCGCCGGCAGCCCCAAGCCCGGGGAGCGCAAGCCCUGGGGGGCUCUGCAAAGCGUCCUCUCCUCCUUCCUGGAGCCCACCUGGGUCCUGCGCGAGCACGAGGGGCUGGACGAGGACGCCUGGCCAUGA